AUGAAAACCCACGAUCCGUUGAAAACAGAAGAGGCCAACGACGCCGCAUGGGAGGCGGGAAAAGGCGCUCUCAUGGGCGCAGCGAAAUGGGGAGCAGGGGCAGCUGUUCUCGGGGCCAUUGGCUACGUAUGGUCACCUAUUUACCGCGGAACAACGGUCCAGUUCAAAGUGUACCUCCAAAUGUCAGGCAUGGUGCUAGGAGGCAUGAUUGAAGCCGAUUGGCGCCUAAGACAAUACGAAUACCAGAUGCGCAUGCAAAGGAGAUGGAUGAGGGAAAAGGCCAAGUGGGAGCGGUACGAGGAGGAAUUUGGAAAGAAUGAGGGCGAGAAAUGA